AUGGAGCACGAAUACUUCUCGUCCAACCCUCGACCAAAAGUCCUCCAGAAACACUCAACUCUAGCCCGCGAAUUCAUCUCGCGCCAUGCUUCUGAAUCCCGCCGUGUCGUCCUCGUGACAUCCGGAGGCACAACCGUACCGCUCGAAAAUCAAAUGGUGCGCUUUGUCGACAAUUUCAGCGCCGGAACCCGUGGAGCCACAUCUGCCGAAUAUUUUCUCGAUCACGGAUAUGCUGUCAUUUUCCUGCAUCGUGAAUUCUCGUUGUUGCCAUACAGCAGACAUUAUUCACACAAUGUGAAUUGCUUUUUGGAUUUUAUGGAUGAGGGAGGGGAUGGUAAAGUUGUGGUUGGCGAGGAGUAUCAGAAUGAGAUGGUGGGGGUUCUUAGGAAGUAUACGGAUGCCAGAAAGACGGGCAAAUUGCUUCUGAUCCCGUUCGUUACGGUUAACGACUAUCUUUGGGAGCUGAGGGAGAUUGCUAUUUUGAUGCAGCCGUUGGGCGGUAAUGCGCUCUUCUACCUUGCGGCUGCCGUGAGCGACUUCUUCAUCCCUAGCGACAAGAUGGUGGAGCACAAAAUUCAGUCAUCGGAAGACUUUAACAAGGACAAUCAAGAUGGAGCUGAUGGAACAAAGACUCCUGCCGCACGCAUCGAGGGUCAACGCUUGGUCAUUGGUCUGGAGCCUGUACCCAAAUUCCUCAAGACACUGGUAGACGGCUGGGCCCCCGAAGGCAUGAUUGUCAGUUUCAAACUCGAGACUGAUCCAACCAUUUUGGUCAAGAAGGCCGAGUACGCUCUGAACAAGUACUCGCAUCACCUCGUCAUUGGAAACUUGUUGUCGACACGCAAAUGGGAAGUUGUGUUUGUCUCCGCAUCAGCCGGUCAACAGUGGAUCCGCGUACCCAGAAGCAAACGCACACCCAGUAUUUCCGGCAAAGUCGAGCAUGUUGGUCUGGCUUCUGGCGGUGAUGCCGAGCAAGACGCAGAAGAAGUUUCGGGACAACCUGCUGUCGAGAUCGAAUCUCUAAUCAUUCCUGAGGUCGCAAAAAUGCACGCCGCACACAUGGCUAAAAAGAACUCGAAAUAG